CUGGCUGCACCCUUUCUCUCUCUUUUCCUCUCUCCCUCUCUCUAUAAUUCAUUUAUACAAUACUAUUACUCCUAGUACUCACUAAGUGAUAUAAUUACAGUAUGCGCGUCUUACCACGAGGCAGUACAUCGCUACUCAAGUUGCCACCCAAGGUGUCACCCAAUACGACAAUAGUCGCUAAUAGUAAACAGGAUGCAAGCAUGUCCGCAGCUGACAAGGCAGCAGCAAGAUCAGUGGUUGCGAAACUCUCAAUUGAGAUACUUCCGGACGAAAUGAUCACGCAUAUACUCCUCUAUCUCUGCACUGAUCUCAGGACACUGUGUGCUGUUGCCAAGACGUCAUCACGGUUACGACGGCUUUCCAUGGAUGUUGUAAGGGUGUACUUUCUGCCCAACAUUAAAUUGAUGACCGUCAUCGAUCAAGAAGGACGACGCAAGAACACUACGCAAUACGUUUUUGAUAUGUUAGACGAUGCUACCAUGGAGGCGCGGUUCAAGCCAGUUAGAACUUCACCACAACGCUAUCGUAACGACAAUUAUGCCGCUUCUCCUACACUGCAUCGGCUUUCUUUGAGCGACGCUAACGAUUAUCCAACAAUGGUAUCGCCGCAGCCAACGUCAACAUCAUCAUUAAUCGUUGAACCUUCAGCAAUUGCACUAAAACAGAACGCCCAUAAUGUCACGAACAAUUCAAGGCGCCAACCAUCUUGGCAUACCCUCGAUAGUAUCACUAGCAAUAGCAAUAAUGAUAGCAGCAAUAUGACAACUACUCUCAUCACCAUCGAAACAGGGCGACAAAAACACUUGCAGAUAUCUAAACUUGGACCGUUUAGUGCAUGUUCCAAUAGCUCAUUGUGGCAAUUGGAGUACAUGGUCAGCACAGAUCACUCCGCCUUAAUGUCAGCUGAAGAUACUGGGCUUGAGCGGUUCGUAACACCAUUGUUUGUCAAAGCGCAUCUCUCACUCUUUAAACGGAGGCAAAGAGGACAGAACGGGGCAACGAAUAGCAAGGCCUUCUUACAAUGGUUCAAGAAGAAACGAUUACCUUCCUUACCUGUUUAACCACUAGCUAUUACACUUCUACUACUGCUGCUACUAUGCAAAUAAUAGUAAUGACCAUAAUAAAAAAAAGCAAUCUUAGCCUAAACCCUG